UCUGUUUCACCCUGAACUAGAUUUCAGAUUCUUUGUGCCCUUCAGACAAAGCUGUUACAAACUGCCAAACGCACAAGUAGCGUUGAUGUUCAGAAUCAUUCUUAAUCAAAUGUGGAACAUUCACACCAUUCAUCUUCUCAUUAUCUGUCUGUUUUAUACAGGAUGUUCUAGUAGGAAUGACGAAGAGAGGUUGAUUCAUGAUCUUUUUGAAGUCAGAAAGUAUAAUAAAGAUGUACGUCCAGUCCAGCAGAAGGAUGAAGUGGUGAAGAUUUUAGUGGGUUUAACACUCUCCAAUCUCAUUUCAUUGAAAGAAGUUGAUGAGACACUGACUACAAGUGCAUGGAUUGAUCAUGGGUGGUAUGAUAAACGACUCACUUGGAAUGUGUCAGAAUACAGUGGAAUUGAAAUAAUCCGUCUACCCCCCUAUUUGGUGUGGAUACCGGACAUUGUCCUAGAAAACAACAAUGAUGGACAACACGAAGUGGCCUUUUUCUGCAAUUUGCUGGUCCGAGCAAAUGGAUUUGUUACAUGGCUUCCCCCGGCAAUAUUCAGAACUGCCUGCCCCAUCAACACUCUUUACUUUCCUUUUGAUUGGCAGAACUGCUCCAUGAAAUUUGUGUCUUUUAAUUACAAUGCAGAGGAGAUAAAUUUGGAACUGCAAACAGAUUUUCAAAAUGGCAAAGAGUUUCCUAUUGAAUGGAUUAAUAUUGACCCUGAAGCCUUCACAGAAAAUGGUGAAUGGGAAAUUAUUCACAAGCCUGCGAAAAAGAACGUACAUACAGAUGUUCCUCGGAAUAGCACCAAAUACCAGGAUAUAACAUUCUACCUCAUUAUUCGACGCAAGCCACUAUUUUAUCUCAUCAACAUCAUUACUCCUUCCAUUCUCAUUUCCUUUCUGGCGUCAUUAGCUUUUUACCUUCCUGCCAACAGUGGUGAGAAAAUGACCUUGUCUAUUUCUGUUUUACUUGCUCAGUCUGUCUUCCUGCUGCUGAUUUCUCAAAGAUUGCCAGAGACAGCUCUAGCUGUUCCACUAAUUGGCAAAUACUUGAUGUUCAUAAUGAUUCUGGUCACCAUUGUGAUAGUGAGCUGUGUCAUUGUAUUAAACUUCCAUUUCCGAACUCCCAACACUCACGUUCUCUCAUCCCGGACUAAAUGGCUGUUUUUGGAAAAACUCCCACGGAUCCUGCUCAUGUCCCAACCCAAAGACAGUGUCUCACCUCCAUGGGAGAACGGUGUGUUGCAGCGACGCAGCAGCUCCCUUGGAUACAUUAUCAAAGCACAAGAAUAUUUCACUAUCAAAUCCAGGAGUGAACUUAUGUUUGAGAAACAAUCUGAACGACAUGGCUUGAAGACACGGGCCACUCCAGCUAUUAGUCUAAAAAGCAGUCAUAAUGAUAAUGAAAACAUUCCAGACCAGCUGUAUGCCGAGCUCAAGUCAGGCAUCGAUGGGGCGAACUUCAUUGUGAAACACAUUAAGGAAAAGAAUGACUAUGAUGAGGAAGUUGACAACUGGAAUCGAGUGGCUCACACAUUAGACAGGCUCUGUAUGUUCAUCAUAACUCCAAUCAUGAUUUGUGCAACAUUUACCAUAUUUUUGAUGGGAAACCUUAAUCACCCUCCCCCGUUACCAUUUGAAGGUGAUCCCUUUGAAUACUCAGCAGAUCGCCCACGAUGUUUGUAGCUUUCAAGUGUCCAUGAACUACAGGAUAUCACAGAAGAUACUACUCCAUUUACCCCAUUGGUCAUUAUCCACUCACUCUUCCCAUCCCCAUUAUACACAUACAAGCCAUGGUAAUGUAUACAAAGUUGGAAAACAUAGCAUAAAAAUCUAUAUAUAUAUAAACAUGAAAUAAAUGUAUAAAAUGCAAUUGUGUGUGCAUACUAUAAUGCAUACAGACAUACAUUGAUGUUCUCACAGACAGAUGGUGAGUUUUAAAAGUAAAUGUGGAGUUUGCACGUUCUCCCCGUGUCUGCGUGGGUUUCCUCCGGGUGCUCCGGUUUCCUCCCACAGUCCAAAGAUGUGCGGGUCAGGUGAAUUGGCCAUGCUAAAUUGCCCGUAGUGCUAGGUAAGGGGUAAAUGUAGGGGUAUGGGUGGGUUGCACUUCGGCGGGUCGGUGUGGACUUGUUGGGCCGAAGGGCCUGUUUCCACGCUGUAAGUAAUUUAAUCUAAUCUAAUCUAAAUUUCUCUCCCUAUUCUCACCCCUGUCUGUAAGCAGAUUGUGAUUUCCCCCCCUUUUUCAUACAGUGGUGGUAUAUUUCCCUGACUCUUGCUAUUUGUAGAUUCUGACUUUGUAAGGAUUGCAGCAAUUCUAGUGUAAAGUCAACCCGGUUUAUAUCACACCCUCUUACACAUAAUUAUGAAAUGCCGGUGUUGGACUGGCGUGUAUGAAGUUAAAAAUCACACAACACCAGGUUAUAGUGCAACAGGUUUAAUUGGAAGCACACUAGCUUUCGGAGCGACACUCCUUCAUCAGGUGAUAGUGGAGGGCUCAAUCCUAACACAGAAUUUAUAGCAAAAAUUUACAGUGAUGUAACUGAAAUUAUAUAUUGAAAAAUUGAUUGUCUAUUAAGCUUUUCAUCUGUUAGAAUACAGUGAUAGUUUCACUUCUUUCAUGUGUAAAUCACAAAACCUUUUUUAAAAAAAUUUGCAUUCUUGGGUUUGCUGUUAACAAUGGUGAUAGCUAGACAAUAUGUUGAAGGCGUUGGCCCCCUGUGUUCUCUGUCUAUGCCAUGAUGUUUAGAUUGAUUCUAAUUGAAAAAGUGAGAUAACGGAGUUUUACAUGAAUUCAUGCAGUUUUUGAGCUCAGAGUUCUACAUGAAUGCAUGCAGGUUUGAGCAAAGUACAAUGUAGGGCAGGUAAGGUGGUGGUGGGGAGGUUUGUAAUAAUUCACAAUAUGUGCUUUGAGUCAUAUAAUGGGAGAUAUUGAAUUGAAGAGGAUGAAUACAUUCAUUCGAUUAGCAAUAAAUUCAAUACAAAAUAGAGGCAUAUCAAUUUAGCAAUGGCCUUGCUUUCGAGAUAGAAUCCAAAAAAUCAAAGCUGGAGUUUGCAGUCUGGAAUUCCUUUGUGGUUGAUUGGCUUGCUGUUGGUCAGGACUUUUAGGCAGUUUCUUUUCUUUAAAAAAGUAUAGCUUUUCAGAAUCAUUAUGAAAACAUAACUUGUUCUCCAUUGUUUAGAUGAAAGAAAGUUGAUUGCUUGCAGAGAGACACCACAAGUUGCAAACGUUUUAUAGGAGAGAAGAUUUUUUCGCUUUGUAACCCAGAAUUGAGGGCUUUGAGAUUGUCAGUAGAUGUUGUAUGGAGUAGCACUAACACCUUAAUUGAUUGCUAUUUGAAAAUUGUAAGAUUUAAAAGCAGUUGGGUUCAGCUGAUGGAAGUUAUCUGACCAAUCUGCCUGGGAAAUAGGGAGUAAACAGUUGCUAUUCAGACAAAAGCUUGCAUUACAGAUAACCAAGUCUCUAUGGCCCAUCUCAGAGGUUAAGUAUAAAGUCCUUUUACAUUCUGUUACAGAGUAGGUGCACCUUCCAAUUCUAUUGUGCAGGGAUUUUUUUUUCAGAGAAAAUUAUCACUGUAGCAGGUUAUAAGGAAACUGCUAGCAUUCCCAUUCCAUCAAGAAGUACCUGGACUUCAUUGUCUGGCUGACAUCGACUUCUGGGAAGCUUCUGGAAGGUUCUGCUGGGUCCUGAUUAGAAUAGCCAUCCUUGUUAGACUGUUUUUAAAAAUAACUAGUCAUUAAAUAUAUAUAUGGAUAUCUAUUAAAGUUAGUUUUAAUCUGUUUGUGAUUAUAAUAAAUGAGAAUGAUGAAAAUGAUGGAAAACCUUGAAAUCAGCUGUUAUUUUCUGACCAGCCUAGAAAUUGAGGUGUGCAUGUACAAGGUAUCUUAUUCCAGACAUAAGAAUAUAGCUGUGAGCAUUGCUUUCUCAGAACAUUUAAAAUGAAAAUGUCUGUUUAUGUUUUUACAAUGCCCUGGAGUGCACAGUAUUUAAAGUUGCUGGUUUGACAUUAUUCCACAAUUAUUAUCCCCAGAUAUGUCAACAGUUGCAGUGUACGUGACCAUGUGUACAACAUGCAAUACAUUUAUCAAUAUGAACAAAUUCACAUAUGAACAAGAUGUGAGAAGUAUUUUUAUGAUAUUCACUCCAGCCAAAGUAAACACCGUAUUCCACAAAUUCCAAUCCUUCGAAGUAAAUCAAACAGCUGAUACUGGGCUAUUUCAUAAUCUGUACACAGUAUUAUCUUUAGUUUUGAAA